AUGCGGCGAAGAAGCUCCGUGGACGCAACGGCCAAUGCGGCCCUCGCGAAGAUGGGCUAUGCCAGUGAGCUGCCACGGAAUUUAAGCAUGAUAAGCAUACUGGGCUUGUCCUUUGCCAUCAUGGCAGUACCCUUCGGCCUCUCCACCACGAUGUACAUCACCCUUACAGAUGGGCAAUCCGUGACGAUACUCUACGGCUGGAUCUUCGUGUCCCUCGUGUCUCUCGCCAUUGCCGCCUCCCUUGCUGAGAUAUGUGCCGUCUAUCCUACAGCCGGAGGAGUAUACUACUGGAGCGCCAUGCUGAGUACUCGAGAUUGGGCGCCCUUGAUGAGCUUCAUUGACGGCUGGCUCACGUUGGUCGGAAAUUGGACGGUUACUUUGAGUAUCAACUUCUCGGGAGGACAGCUCAUACUGAGUGCCAUCAGCUUAUGGAACGAAGACUUUGCACCAAACGCCUGGCAGACAAUACUCAUGUUUUGGGCAGUGAUGCUGGUAUGCGCGUCGGUCAACAUCUUUGGUUCGGCCUACCUGGACUGGAUCAACAAACUCUGCAUAUAUUGGACAGGAGCAAGCGUACUCAUCAUCCUGAUAACUUUACUGGCGAUGGCCGAUACCAGGAGGAGUGGUGCAUUUGUGUUCGGACACUAUGAUGCUUCGGCAAGUGGAUGGCCAGACGGCUGGGCCUUCUUCGUUGGCCUGCUGCAAGCAGCGUAUACUUUGACGGGAUACGGCAUGGUUGCGUCGAUGUGCGAGGAGGUACAGAAUCCAGAUCGCGAAGUUCCAAAGGCAAUCGUGUUAUCCGUUGCCGCAGCGGGCCUGACGGGCGUUAUCUACCUCAUCCCCAUUCUAUUCGUUCUGCCACCAGUCGAGCUCCUACUUGGUGUUGCCAACGGACAGCCAAUUGGCCUUCUCUUCAAGACUGUUACAGGAUCUGCCGCCGGGGGGUUCGGUCUGCUCUUUCUUAUCCUUGGUAUUCUGUUCUUCGCUGGUAUUGGCGCCUUAACGGCCGCAUCUCGUUGCACAUACGCUUUCGCCAGAGAUGGAGCAAUUCCCGGUUAUAAGCUCUGGUCUAAGGUUGACAAAAGGCUGAAUGUGCCUUUAUGGGGCAUUAUCCUCUCUGCGACGGUUGACUGCCUUCUUGGCCUCAUAUAUUUCGGAUCUACAGCAGCCUUUAACUCUUUUACAGGAGUAGCGACGAUUUGUCUAUCCACCUCCUACGGCCUGCCCAUCCUCAUCAACGUUAUCCGAGGCAGAAAAGCCGUUGAACAUUCCACGUUCUCGCUAGGAAAGUUUGGCUAUGCAAUCAACAUUGCAACGCUGUGUUGGAUAUGUUUUGCCGUGGUACUGUUCUGCAUGCCAGUUUCGAUCCCGGUGACACCAUCGUCAAUGAACUAUGCUAGCGUUGUGUUUGCUGGCUUUGCCUCGAUCAGCGUGAUCUGGUACUUUGCACGGGCAAGGAGGGAGUUCAAGGGGCCGCCUAUCAUGCCUGAUGCGCCAGAUGAAGAUGCGGGAGUUGUGUCUGGGAAGAUGGGGCCUCUGGACAACAGGGACAAAGGAAGUGGAGAAAGGAUCCUUGUUGGCGAUAGGAAGUAG